AUGGAGAAGUAUCUGCGCUCCUGGCGACAGGAUGCGCUAAAUCGCGGCCAGCAUGACGCCGCCAUUUACAUUGGCGACAAGGUUCUUGCGCUCACGAACAGCGAUUCGGAUGCUUUCUGGCUAGCUCAAGUCCACUUCUCCAACAACAACUUUACGCGCGCCUUAGCUCUUCUAUCCCGCAGAGACCUUGUCUCGAGAAGCAGUGCCUGUCGCUACCUUGCAGCUCACUGCUACAUCAAACAGAAUCAGUUCGACCAAGCGCUGUCAAUUCUUGGUGAUCAAAACCCGACAUAUUUGAUCCGGAAUAACAACAGCCGUCGCAAGAUCCAACACCUCAAUGGCCAGAGCCAUGUCACACUACGGAAUGGAAAGAACACCACGACGCGCGGGGAACGAGGCGAGGACCGAGAAAGGGAUGAAGAAGGGAGCGUGAGGUUUGAGGCUGCCAUGUGCUAUCUCAGGGGACUCUGUUUUGCCAAACAGAAUGCCUUUGACCGAGCACGCGACUGUUACAAGGAUGCCGUCCGGAUUGACGUGCAGUGCUUCGAGGCAUUUGACCAACUCAUGAAGAACUCCCUCAUGUCGCCUACCGAGGAACUCGAGUUCCUUGAAUCGCUUGACUUCGACUCGAUAUCCUCUCCUGACCCCGCCACCGCUCAGGAGGCGGCACACUUCACAAAGAUGCUCUACACCACCCGUCUGUCUAAGUACUCCGCACCAAGUAUCUUGUCCGACGCCACCGAAACACUUUCCACACAUUACAACCUCUCCGAAAACCCCGAUAUCUUGCUCUCACGCGCAGAGGCGCUCUACACACAGUGUCGGUUUGCCGAAGCCUUGGAACUCACCUCCUCCAUCCUCUCUACCUCUCAAUCAACCGAUUUGACCUCAUCCAAUGGCCCAGGCAGUCUUGCAAAUAACCAUCUAGGCCAUGCACCAGCGGUCUAUCCGCUUCACCUGGCCUGCCUUUACGAAACGGGUGCUACAAAUGCUUUGUUCUUGCUCUCGCACAUGCUUGCAGACCAUGCCCCCGAGGAGCCAUACACUUACCUCGCUAUCGGCGUCUACUAUCUAGCUGUGUCGAAGGUCGCCGAGGCUCGUCGAUUUUUUUCUAAAGCGUCUCUCCUGGAUCCUCAUUCAGCACCCGCUUGGAUCGGAUUCGCUCAUACCUUUGCGGCCGAGGGCGAACAUGAUCAGGCCAUCGCCGCCUACAGCACUGCGGCGCGACUGUUCCAAGGGAGCCAUUUACCACAGCUCUUCCUAGGCAUGCAACACCUCGCUUUGAAUAAUAUGGCACUCGCACACGAGUAUCUAUGUGCAGCCUAUGCCAUGUCUACCGGCGCUGCACCUGGUUCAAUCCCUACUCUUCCCCCGACCCCUUCCGGGGUUCCUCUAGGAGGCGAUCCUCUGGUUAUCAAUGAACUUGGCGUGGUCUUCUAUCACCAGAAUAACCUUACUGCUGCGGUAGAGAUGUUCCGAGAAGCCCUGAUGCUGGCCGCAUCGCUCCACAGCGAACCGGGUGCCUGGGUUGCAACUCGCGCCAAUAUGGGUCAUGCCCUUCGUCGCCUCGGCCGUCUACCUGAGGCACUGCGGGAAUUUGAGGAGUGCCUUCGAGUCGGUGCUGGGGGCACCAGCCUGGGAUACUCUCCCUUCUUAGGUGGAGGAGCUGGAGGUUCUGCGGCUGUGGCGACCGCCUCCGGGGUUGGAGGGUAUGAGGACCGGGGGCUCGUUGGAUCUUUACAUACUUCUCGAGGUAUCUUGCUACUUGAACUCGGUCGCACGGGUGACGCCGUAACGGCCCUACAUGAAGCUGUUCGCGUGUUGGGGGCUACUGGUGGCGGAGACGCUGCCGGCGGCGCGGGAGUCGCUGGGACGUUGCUGAACCGAGCCCUCGAGCUCUGGGCCGCGGAAGGUCGCGAGCAAGAUCAACAAGCCAAUGAAGAGCGUACACGACAGUCCAAUAAUCGUUCGGCGAACCGCACUAAAGCACGGGAGCGAACCGAGAGCAACCGCCGCAGAAUCCGGCACGCGGGAUACGCCGAGGAAUGGACAGAUGAAGUGACGCAUUCUGCCACACCCGAGACUGCAGACGCGGAGACUAUGGAAGAUCGGGUUGAAAUGGAGCUCGAUGAUAAGGCGGACAGUAUUCUUGGCCGUGCCUUGGGUCGAGUUCGUCCUGGGGGCCGACAGCGCCGCACGCCGCGGCCUGCCAGUCCCGUGAUCGACGGCGAUACGCCGGCCCGCAGUACUCGUCGGGAGAGGGCUCAGCGAAGUCAAUCUCGGCAAUGA